AUGCCAGCUUCACAGUCCUCUACCUCUUCGACUUCACCGUCGCGCAACGGUAACGGUGCAUCACUGGACACAACGCCUUGUACUUCACAGGCGCCCGUUGUCACCCAGCGAAAAAGGCGUCCGCAGCGCAUCUACCAGCCCGCAAAGAACUCACUCUACGAUAUCUUCCAGCAAAAUGCCAGCACACCACUGUUUGUGCCACCUAUUUGUUGGACAGAUUUACACGCUCAACUACUCGGUGCGAAAUGGGAGGAACUGCCGUCAUGCGAUACGCCUCAGCCUUCAGCAGCCCCAGGCACGCCACCAACGCGAGGACACUUGAGUCCAUCGAAUACCAUCAUCAAUCUUAGCAACGCGCUCACGCAGAUUCUCCUGCCCGACCCACUGAGCCCUAUUCUAUCCUCCGACGCUGUCAAAUCGGUUCUCAACACACUGUGGCCUACACCUUUCAACAAGCCGCAGCACCUGCCCGAACUCCAUUUAUACUUUGGCGGUCGCGUUUAUCGUGAUGCUGUACGUGUGCAGCUUAUGUGGAAUUAUCCUUCUGAGGAGGCAAAGUCCUCAUCCUCUUCAUUCAAAUCAGUUUCAACGCGACCCGCUGAGUCCUUCAACAUCUCAUCGCAAUCGUCUCCCAACUACAGCCCCGCCAACCUACCCAUGAUCUGUUACAUUGGCAAGACUCAAUUGGCUUCAGUCCGAAACAACCUUUUUCGCGUCGCAUCUGGACCUGGACGAACAUGGAACGAGCCCGUGUUUCGCCUUCAGCAACUGCGAGCUCGUAUCCUCGCACCCUCAAAUUCCGAUCACGAUGCUCACUUUGUGGGCGUCUUUCUAGGGAUGGCACAAAAGCACUUCUACCCUGCCCCACCUGUCAGUGGCAGACGUGACUCGCGCAUUUCACCAGGACAAGGCAUUCCACCAAGCCCCAACUUCCACGACAUCAAGUUGAAGAUUAUCACCCACGACAUUGAUACAUCCGAGUUUAUUGUUUACACUGGUCACAUCACAAAGGAGUUCUUGGAGAAGUUCCACGAUCCCUUCAAGGCUCCGGCCGACGAUGAUGAUGCUAUUGUUUCUGGUCUCAAGAUUGAGUACACAAGAGUUCCAAUUUGGCCUAUUCUCGGUCUUAGAGAGAGACUGGGUAAAGCCUUGGGCCAAGAGAUUGUCGGAAGUUUCGACCCAGAUGAAAUAGAGACAUGGGAAAAAGACCCCGAGAAACCAGGUUGCAAGAAGCGCAAACUGAAUACUCUCUCAGAAGGUGUUAACAGCGACGUCGGCGGAGAUACCGAGGAAGAUACUGAGGAAGAAUCAGAAAUUGGUACAAAGAAACGUUUUCUACAUCAAGACGCACCUGUGGGCGUGACGACGUGA